GGAAAGGACAAUCGUAAGUUUUAAAAAAUCAUGAUUAAUUUCUAGGCUAAUCUACUUGUAUUAUUAAAGUAAAACCAGAUAAGGAAGAAACUUCGAAAAAUCCAAAAUUUCUAUCAAUCUAUUCUUAGCCAAAAAUGUAUAACUCAUAAGGCGGGGUCCAAUUCUUAAUUCUAAAGGGAAAAUUUUUAGACCUUUUUCAUCUUUUAAGUGACUAUUUUGGAUAAACACAAACUUGGCCUUCUCAAUCUUGAAUAAUGGAAGUUGAAGAACAGGGGAUCAAAUCAAGAGUUGUCAAGGUAAACUCUAAGGAAUCAUGGGAUUUUCAUGUAAAUCAAGCCACACUUCAAGGAUGCCCUAUUGUGGCACACUUUACGGCUGUUUGGUGUAUCCCCUCUGUGGCUAUGAAACCCUUUAUGGAGGAGUUGGCUUAUAUGUACCAAAAUAUGUCUUUUCUCACAGUUGAUGUGGAUGAGGUCAAGGAGGUGGCUAGCAAAUAUGAGGUGAAAGCCAUGCCAACAUUUCUGCUGCUGAAAGGUGGAGUGCCAGUUGACAAGAUAGUUGGUGCAAAUCCAGAUGAGAUGAAGAAAAGGAUCCACAUUCUUGCUCAAUCCAACCCCACAGAUAUACCCUAGUCCAAGUACAUAUCACAUAUACAAACAUAAAUAUAUACUGAUAUGUAGUGUGCCAGUGCUGCAGAAGCUUCUUUUGUUUGAGUGGCUUCUGCUGUUUCAUCUUUAAAUGUCAGAUAAUACCAUAUCCACUUAUAGUUGAGUGUUAAAAACAGUAACGUAUUGAAGGUUUUUAUGAAUAAUGUAACAAGUUAAUGAACUUAAUACGCGAUGAAUGGCUUUUCUGGACACUGAGAAGGUAUUUGGCCUUGUAUUAUAA